CACAGGCGUAGUAACCACCAGGCCCCUGCAUGAGUUGCUCUGAUCCGAGCCCGGAGACAGCAGGGCCCGCCCGGGCCCUGCCCUGGUGUAAUUUGCCACCGGUGCCUUCCAUAAGCGUGGCCCUUGUUGAAAUUCCUGGCCUUUCAUUUGUUGCACCGUCUUGGUCUGCCUGGCUACCCUCACUGCCAAUUGCGGGUGUUGCCCUCCUGGAAGCAGCAGGUCCCAGCAUGUGAUACAUGUUCCUUGUCAGCGGGAUGGAGCGUUGCAAAAGAGUUGGACACCUGCUUGGAUUGAGAUGAAGAAUUACACGCAAGAGUUGUGUUCUCAGCUGUCCUGGGCCAUUCAUUUUCGGGGAAACCAUUGGCAGACUUCUCUGCUGGCAUUUCAGGCGUCCCUCCCCAUGAGAGCAGAACCGAGGAAGAAAAAGAAGGUAGAUCCAAAGAGAGAACAAGCACUAAAGGACCGUAUGAAGAAAAGGAUAAAAAAGAUGGAAAAAGCUGCCCAGGAAAUGAUUCCCAUUGAGGAUUUUGUAACACCAUUCAAGUUUUUGGAUGCUUCAAGAGUGCGAGAGAUCUCCCCACUGUCCUUUGAGGAGAGUGAAAGGCGAGCCCUGCUCCUGAAGAAGUGGGCCCCGUACAAGCAGAAAGAACAUGAGGCAGAGAUGGAAACACUGAAGUCUCUUAUGGCAGCUCAGCAGGAGGCACUAGAGGAAUUGCGUUGCGAAUCAGAAGAACUUUACCAAGCAGCAAUAAGACGAGAUGAGGACCUGUUUCCCUUUGAGAAAGAGGGGCCUAGUUACACACCACAGGUUCCUGGCUAUGAGGCUCCUGAAGGGAAAUGCAUCGACAUUACCAAAGUGUACAAACAGUGAGAUCGGAAGCCUCUGCCACGCAGGUGGCAGGAGAUACUCCGUGCAUUAAAGGAGGACACAAGGGGAUGCAACUAGACUAUUUCUUUUGCUUUUUCAAACAUCCCUAUGCACAUGGCUGUCAAAAGAAAAUAAAAACACCACCUGUCCUUGUUCCCUUUCUUUUUAUAACUGGCCACCUUGACAAUAAAACUUCCAAUAAAAACAAAAUACUUUAGAACCCCGUUUAUCUAACGUUCCCUUAGCCGGCUCUCUGCAUUUACCAAACAACCGUGUCUCCAGGGCCAGAAGUGGGCAAGCUCUCCUGUAGCCAUUAGAUGUUGCUGCAGCAUAGCAUUUUCCCAUUCCCUGGUUUAUUCAGAGUUUUGAUCAUCUGAUCUGGCCCCGGUCCUCACUAGACCAGAUAAACAGGGUUCUACUGUACUGUGUUUUUGUGCCACAAACUGAAGCACAGUCCCAUAGAGAGAACUGUGGCUUUAGUGAACGUUAUUUUUUCACUUAUAGAAUAUUUUUUCCCCUUUAAUUUAUUCCUGAGUAACAAUUCCUCACUCUGGACAAACCAUAGUUCCUGAGAGUAUAAUUAUGCCAGGAAGAAAAAUUGUUAAAGCGAUCGUAUGUCAAUCUACUGUAGUGGGAAAAUAACUGUCAAUUUCUCCUUUAGCUCUAAUUCAGGUUUUGUUGAGGUGCCUGUGUACAAAUCAAGGGGAAAACAGAUAUGAUAUAUAUCACAACAAAGUAAAUAUAGCUUUUCAUACUGCA